UCAAAGAUGCUGGCAGGACACGUGCCAAAGCUUGUUAACAAGCAGUUCAAUUCUCCCAUCAACCUGUACUCGCCACAGGCCGUUCAGGAGACAUUGGAGAGGCAGACAAAAAUAUUGGCGAAUGGUGCUGUCGGGAUUGACUUUAAUCAGCUGGCGAAACCAGCGAAUCUGCAGAAUAGUGCGGUACUCAAGAUGCUGGAGGAGGAGGAAGCGAGGAAACGCAGUGGUGGACAGCCUGGUUUGAAACGAGUAACUUGGCCACCCCCAGCCGGUGACGACGACAUCGACUUCAUCGAGCAAUCACCAGUCCAAGCAAAGACUCGGGGAGUUGGUGAGUACGCAUCAUACGAGACGAGUCCCUCAUCAGGUCCAUCGCCUCAACCCCAUACGUCUCUGCCCCGUGCAUCACCACAACUGUCCACUCCCUUAAGCCCUGGGGGAACAUUACGAACACCUCAGGGUUAUCAACAUCAAAUUGCACCGAAACCCUGGGCACCUGUCACACCACCCGCAACCUCUCCAUUGCCAGCGCAUGAAAUAUCCUGGGGAUCACCUCAAACACAUCAACCGGUAUUCAAGAAAUCGGACUCGAUCGAGGGAGCUCCUAGACAUCAAUCAUCCCAGCCUGUUUCUCAACCACCACCAUCUGUGAUUACUUUGAGGCCUGAACCACCAAUUUCUCAGCAACCAGCGCCAGUUUACCAAGCUCAACCAGCAGCAACAAUGGCACCAGUGAGUGGCAAUAUGAGAGGGGACAUGAAGUGGCCACCGGCAUCAGUGAAAGCACAGACAGAGGCGGAGAAUCAAGCGAGAAUGGAAUUGGCCAAAGGACCAAUAUUCAGACCACGUCGGGUUAACAAAGAUUACAGUGGCUUUUUCGCUCAACACGCCCUCAACAGCACCUAUCCUGGAUACAGAGCACCACCUGGAACGCAAUAUUUCACGCCAUCUUAUCAACAUUAAUGAAUAAUUCUAAAAAAAUCACGCGAAAUUGACGAUUUAUUUUCGUUCUUAAGAGUGAAUAAUCCACCUCGAGAAGGAAAAAAAAUCGUCAAAAUUGCAUUCGUUCGAGAGACAUUUGGAGAUUGAAGAGGAAUGGCCUGAACACCGGGGAAUAUUCAUAAAUGUCCGCCAAUGACUGAAGAGAAAUAUUCGAUGACUGUGGGGGUAUCAUCCUCAGCUGUUUCCAGUCAUCGAGUUCAACUGAUCAUUUCUCCUCCCAAGACAAUUCGUGUGGUGAACUGUUACCUAGAGACUGACUUUUCUCCCUCAAAUUAUUGGCUUUUCAUUAGAGAAAAAAUAUUCAAAUAUCAGUCACUAACGCUUGUUUGCUAUCGGUAAUCAUUGGAAUGAUACUGUUCAGCGGCUGAAAUUAUAUCGGAAAUUUAUUUCUAGCGUUACAUGAGGCGCUUGAAAAUCAGCUGAGAGAUAUGGAAUUGUUAAGAGAACGAACGACGAGACAAAUCGAAUACUGUGAGCGCACGACUUACCUGUUAAAUGCUUUAUUGUACAAAAUGUUUAACGAUCAGAAGAUGAAAAUCUUGGUGUAUUUUUUUUUAUAAUUAUUCAACGAUAUUUCGUCGAGCAUGAUGUACUUACUAACAUUAGUGGUGAUGAUGGAGAUUAUGCAUUGAUGUAGAUGAUGAAAUAAAUUAUUGCAAUCGU